CUUCCAAGUUCUUGCUUUCAUGAACGAAUGUGGAGUUCUACAACCUUCAAUGAUCUACCUUGAAUUGAAUCCACAACUGUGAACCCACAUGAAUAUAAUUAAGUUUAUUAUUUCUAUAGUAGCCCAAUUUUAUCUAUUAUUUUAAUACAGUUUAUAAUAUUUAUAGGCUGCUAAAAUUAUAAAAGCAACCAACAUUUACAUGAGUUCUUAACGUAGAUAAAUAUCUGAAGUCUGAACUGCUCUGACAGAACAUAACCAUGCCGCCGAAGAAAGCUGGUAAUGCAGGCAGUAAAAAAACGGAGGCGAAGAAGAAGGAGAAAGUCAUAGAGGAUAAAACAUUUGGCCUUAAAAAUAAAAAAGGAGCUAAACAACAGAAGUUUAUCCAGCAAGUUGAGAAGCAGGUUAAAAGUGGUGGCAUUCAUCCUGCAAAGCCAGUAGAAGACAAGAAAAAAGACAAGGAACAGAAAUUGAAAGAACAGAAGGAAUUAGCAUUGCUCUUUAAACCGGUUCAGACUCAGAAAGUUGAAAAAGGUACUGAUCCCAAAUCUGUAGUGUGUGCUUUCUUUAAACAAGGACAAUGUGCUAAGGGUGAUAGAUGUAAAUUUUCUCAUGACUUAACACUUGAAAGAAAGGCUGAAAAGCGAUCCCUAUAUGUAGACAUGAGAGAUGAUGACGACAAUAUGGAAAACUGGGAUGAAGACAAGUUGAAAGAGGUUGUUGAGAAAAAACACGGUGAAGGAAACACACAGAGACCAACCACAGAAAUUAUUUGUAAACACUUCAUAGAUGCCGUUGAAAAAUCAAAGUAUGGCUGGUUUUGGGAAUGUCCGUCCGGUACCAAGUGUAUAUACAGGCACGCGCUGCCGCCGGGUUUCGUGCUCAAACGAGACAAGAAGAAGAUGGAGGAGAAGAAGAAUGAAAUAUCUCUCGUAGAUCUGAUAGAGAGAGAACGCGCGGCUCUCGGCGCCAACCAGACUAAAAUUACUUUAGAAACUUUCUUGGCUUGGAAGAAAAAGAAAAUUAAAGAGAAAAAGGAAACAAUGCAGCAAGUGGAGGAUCAAAAACGGACCGACUUCAAAGCUGGACGGGCUGUUGGAUUGUCUGGCAGAGAAAUGUUCUCGUUCGACCCGGCGCUGGCACUGGACGCUGACGACGAGGAGGAAGCCUUCGACCUGCAUACCUACAGCCAGGAGGAGCGGGACGAGGAGUACAGGAACAUUGAGCUGGAGCUCAUCGGGAUGGAGGCCUGCGAGGCCGAUGACACUGGUACCAAAGCGACUGACGACCGCCUGGAGAAGCUGGGCCACGAACUGGCUAACGGAGAGCCCGAGCCCGCGGAAGAACCCGCCGUACCCAUCAACGAGAACCUGUUCCUCGAUGAAGACCUGGACGAAGAGCUCGAGAACUUGGAUCUCGACGACUAGCUCUAUAACUAACAUUGUGUAUAAAUAUUAUAUAAAUAAAAAGUUAUUUAAUUUA